AUGGCAGACGAUCAAAACUCUAUCGAUCAGAACUCUGUCGGGGAGCAGGGAGCUGGGGAGUCAGCGAGCGAAGAUGCAACUGAUGCUAAGCCAGACCGAUCCUCCUUUGUCUCCUCCAUCCUGGGUAAGAAGAAGAACUCCACCAAGGCCACCCAGAACCAAGAGCCUACAUAUCGGUAUAACAUGAACUUUGAGAAGAUGGGCAAAUGCAUCAUAAUAAACAACAAGACCUUCCACGAAUCGACAGGGAUGUCCGUCCGGAGCGGAACAGACAAAGAUGCUGAGUCCCUUUACAAGACCUUCCGAAACCUGGGUUUCGACGUGGUGGUGUAUAACAACUACACUUGUGCCCAGAUGCACAAGGUGCUGAAAGAAGCCUCUGAGGAGGACCACAGAAAUGCAGCCUGCUUCGCCUGUGUCUUGUUGAGCCACGGAGAAGAAAACUCGAUUUACGGAACGGACGACAAGAUGGACAUCAAGGACUUGACGUGCCAUUUUCGGGGGGAUAGAUGCAAAACCCUUUUAGAGAAACCCAAACUCUUCUUCAUCCAGGCGUGCCGGGGCACAGAGCUCGAUGACGGGAUCCAGCCCGACUCAGGGCCCAUCAGUGACACAGAUGCCAGCCCCCGCCAGAAGAUCCCCGUGGAGGCCGACUUCCUCUUCGCCUAUUCCACGGUGUCAGGCUAUUACUCCUGGAGGAGCCCGGGAUGCGGCUCCUGGUUUGUGCAGGCCCUCAGCGCCACCCUGGACGAGUACGGGAAAAGCCUGGACCUCUUGAAGAUCCUCACCAGGGUGAACUACAAGGUGGCCAGAGACUUCGAGUCUCGAACCUUCAACCCAAAUUUCCACGAGAAGAAGCAGAUCCCGUGUGUGGUCUCCAUGCUCACCAAGGACCUCUACUUCUCUAAGUAG